CCGGGCGUCGCGCGGCGGGCGCGAGUCCGCUCUAGGAGGCGCCGGGCAGCCCGCGGUCACGUACGCGCGCCCGCGCCGCGCGUGAGCGAGGAGCUCCGGGGGUGGGCCGGGCUGCGCGUGCGCGCCGGGCAGGCGGCGAGGGGAAGGCAGGAGGCCGCUGGGAGCCCCACGAGGCGCAAGGCGCGAGGCGAGGCGCGCGAGCCCCCGGGGCGGCACUUGCUUUCAGGGCAAAAGAAAUUGGGUCCUGUAUGUACUACCCAGCGUUCCGGGAGGACAUAUCCAAUGGUCUGAUUGUCACCUGAACCCCCUCCCUGUGGGGCCUAAACUGGGUCCUCCUGUUCCCUGGAGAUUCACUCACUUGCUCUUCUGGAAUUAGUUGCCAUCAAGGGCUCUCUCCUCCCUGUCUCCUUACGCGGUUCUGCUUAUCUGGACAGUAGCGCUUGGCCAAGACCUGGCAGUGGAGAGCCAUGGACCAGUGCAGCCUCGGGGACGAGGGCACCCUCCCAUCAGAAAGGCACCUCCCUUCGUUUUCCGAGAGCCAAGGGCUCCGCUGCAGCGACACCCUCAGCCGGGAUCUGGGUCCCAAUCCUCGAGACCUGCUCUACGCUGGCCUGAGUGGUUUGGACUCGGACCCCAGCCUCCCAACGCCUGACAAGUGCAGUGAGGCACUCGAGGACAACUUAGACACCGUGUCCCUGUACUCGGGGAAGGACAGUGAUUCUGUGAAGCUGCUGGAGGAGUAUGCAGACUCGGAGUCUCAGGCAUCCUUACAAGACCUGGGCCUGGGCGCGCUGAAGGCUAAAGAGGCUGAUGACAGAGCAAGGGCCACCUCGGGGAGUGCCAGGAAAGGAAAGCGGCAGCACAGUUCCCCUCAACACCCGCUCCUGGACUGCAGCCUGUGCGGGAAGCUGUUCGGCAGCGCCAGCUCUCUGAGCAAGCACUACCUGACGCACAGUCAGGAGAGGAAGCACGUCUGCAAAAUCUGCAGCAAGGCCUUUAAGCGCCAGGACCACCUGACCGGGCACAUGCUCACCCACCAGAAGACGAAGCCCUUCGUGUGCAUCGAGCAGGGCUGCAGCAAGAGCUACUGCGACUACCGCUCUCUGCGCCGGCACUACGAGGUUCAGCACGGCCUGUGCAUCUUGAAGGAAGCCCCCCCGGAGGAGGAGGCCUGCGGGGACUACUCCCACACCCACGAGUCUGCUGUCCAGCCGCCCCCCAGCAGUCUGCGGUCCGUGGUGCCCCCGGAGGCCAGGUCCCCCGGCUCCCUCCUGCCCCACCGGGACCUCCUGCGCCGCAUCGUGAGCAGCAUCGUCCACCAGAAGACCCCUUCUCCUGGCCCGGCCCCGGCGGGGGCUUCAGACAGCGAAGGGAAGAACACGGCCUGUCCCUGCCCCGCCUCAUCAGGGUCUUCCUCCUGCACCUCAGCCGACCCCACCGAGGCCCCUGCAGAGCUGGACACCAAGCUUCCGGAGGAGCCUUGCCUACCGCAGAAGGAGCCGGCCGCUGACGUGUUCACCGCCCCUAAUUCCAUGGCAGCUGAGAACUGCGCCCCCGACCCGCCGGAGCCAGAUCCCGCGCUGCUCCAGGCCCUGUACUCCGCGGAGGGCUGGCCGGAGGGCGGUUCCAUGCCUGCCAGCCUGCCUCUCUUCCGAGGCCAGACGGUCCCUGCCAGUUCCCAGUCGUCGAGCCACGGCUUCCAGUGGCUCCGGAACCUGCCGGGCUGCCCCAAAAGCAAAGGCAACAAUGUGUUUGUUGUCCACAAGCCCCCCGCCAUGCUGUCACAGGAAGGCUCCGAGUCUGGCCCAGGGCCCAGCAGCGCCGCCCCCUCGGAAGAGCCCCCGCCUGGCCCCAGUGGCUGCCUGGAGGAUGCGCUGCCCUUUCUUCCCGCGAUCCUGAAGGCCUCCGGGGAGGCCCCGAGCGACCCCAGGCCUGCCAGCGGGGAAGAGGACCCCUGGGCCCCCAAGAAGAGCAAGUUCGACUGCGACUCCUUCCUGUGCCAGAACCCCGGGGAGUCCGGUCCCCUGGAGGCCCAGACGCCAGGGGGGCUCCCCGCGGAUGCCACGCCGUUCUUCCGCCAGCUCUUCCUCAAGUCGCCGGAGCCUCUGGUGAGCCACGAGCAGAUGCAGGUGUUCCAGAUGAUUACCAAGUCCCAGCGGAUCUUCUCCCACGCCCAGGUGGCAGCAGCCUCCUCCCAGCUCCCCGCGCCCGAGGGCAAGCCGGCCGCUCUGAAGCCGCUGCAGGGGCCAUGGCCGCAUCAGCCCCCUCCGCUGACUCCUGCUGUGGACUCUGUCCACACCGGCCCUGAAAACCCGGAGGCAGAGGGCUCCCCAGCCCGCAGGAGGAAAACCACGCCCGGAGUUCCCAGAGAGGCCUCCCCCGGCAGCACGAGACGAGACGCAAAGGGGGGACUGAAAGUGGCCCCGGUUCCAACGUCCUUUGCAGUGGCGUCUCUGGACCCUUCCAGGAAUCCGGAAAUCUCUUCUCUGGCCAAGCACUUGCGAUCCUCGAAAAGGACCUUGGACCUGGAGGACAUCUUCUCCUCCACAGGCCAACGGCAGACCCAGUUAGGUGGGGAGGAGCCACCGGGAGCCCCGAUGCACGGGAAGCAGGCCCCUGCCGAGAAUGGCACAGCGUCAGGGACCACGAAAGGUGAGAAGGGCCCAGCCGGCUCCCGGGGCGGAAGCUACAGGCUGCUGGGCAACCCCAGAGCCCAGCGAUUCUCCGGGUUCCGGAAGGAGAAGGUGAAGAUGGAUAUGUGCUCUGCGGCUUCUCCGAGCCAGGUAGCCAUGGCCUCCUUCUCGUCGGCCGGGCCUCCGGCAGAUGCCUCCCGAGACUCCACGUCCAAGCUGACAAUAUUCAGCAGAAUCCAGGGUGGAAACAUCUACAGGCUUCCCCAUCCAGUGAAGGAAGAGAACGUGGUAGGUGGAGGCCAGCACAACGGUGGUCCCAUGGACUGCACGGAGCCGAGCAGCACUUACGUCUGCAAGAACUGCAGCCAGAUGUUUUAUACGGAGAAAGGGCUGAGCAGCCACAUGUGUUUCCACAGCGACCAGUGGCCAUCACCUCGAGGGAAGCAGGAACCGCAGGGACAAGAGAAAGACGGGGAGGAGCAAGACAGCAAGGAGAGCAGCCAGCAGAGGAAGCGGAAAAAGCGGCCCCCACCCAAGUCACUGUUCAUCCCUGCUCUGCCCUCCACGGCUGGGGAACCCGGCCCUGCAGGAUGCCACCAGAGCCGCCUGCAGUCACCCGUGUUCCUGGUGGACCACCUCCUGAAGGGCUUAUUUCAGUGCUCCCCCUACACACCACCCCCAAUGCUCAGCCCCAUCCGGGGGGGCUCUGGGCUAUACUUCAACACCCUCUGUUCCACGUCCACUCAGGCCAGCCCUGACCAGCUUCUCAGCUCCAUGCUCGAUCAAGUGGAUGGGUCUUUUGGCAUCUGUGUGGUGAAGGAUGACACCAAGAUCAGCAUUGAGCCACACAUCAAUAUAGGAAGCCGGUUUCAGGCAGAAAUCCCGGAACUCCAGGAGAGAUCCCUGGCUGGAAUUGACGAGCAUGUAGCUUCUCUGGUCUGGAAGCCAUGGGGAGAUAUGAUGACCAACCCAGAGACACAGGAUAGAGUGACCGAGCUCUGCAACGUGGCGUGCUCCAGCGUGAUGCCAGGAGGGGGCACCAACCUGGAGCUCGCUCUGCACUGCCUGCACGAGGCCCAGGGUGACGUUCAGGUUGCCCUGGAGACUCUCCUGCUCCGAGGGCCCCACAAGCCGCGGACGCACCUGCUCGCUGACUAUCGCUACACAGGUUCAGACGUCUGGACCCCUAUAGAGAAGAGGCUUUUUAAGAAGGCGUUCUGUGCCCACAAGAAGGACUUCUACUUGAUACACAAGACGAUCCAGACAAAGACGGUGGCUCAGUGUGUAGAGUAUUAUUACAUCUGGAAAAAAAUGAUCAAGUUUGACUGUGGCCGAGCCCCAGGGCUAGAAAAGAGGGUCAAGAGAGAGCCAGAGGAGGUGGAAAGGACAGAGGAAAAGGUCCCAUGCAGCCCUCGGGAGAGACCCAGCCACCAUCCAACUCCUGAGUUAAAGAUAAAGACCAAGAGUUACAGGAGGGAGUCUAUCCUCAGCUGCAGCCCAGACGCAGGCCCCAAGCGGACCCCCGAGCCAUUGGGAAGCGCGGAGAGCCAGGGCAUUUUUCCAUGCAGAGAGUGUGAAAGGGUGUUUGACAAGAUCAAGAGUCGAAAUGCCCACAUGAAGCGGCACCGCCUUCAGGACCACGUGGAGCCCAUGGUGAGGGUGAAGUGGCCGGUGAAGCCCUUCCAGCUGAAGGAGGAGGAGCUGGGGGCUGACAUCGGGCCCCUGCAGUGGUGAUUCCUGUGGGAGCAAGUCCAAAUGGGACCUCUGGUGCUGCCCCUCCUCCCUUUGGGCUCUCGGAGUGUUUGGGGGUCCCCCUGCCUUCCCCCACCUUCCCCAUCCCCCGUUGGCUAACCUGCCUGCAAACGUGGUGGGCAUUUGACCACAGGUAGGCAGGAGGAGCCCGUCAUUGGACAGCUCUACAGCCCCUGUCCAGUGGUGCCCAAGGCUCCACUCUCCUUAGGUUCACACUCUCCCCUUCUUUCCCUUGCACUUCUAGAGCAGGGAGGCUUGGCAGGGGGGAAAGUUAGCUCUGGGUAGCUCUUAAAUCUCAGCCUCAGUUGUGGGGUUUGGUUUCGUGUGUUAGAUAAGGCCAAGAAGUAGAGAAUCAGUGGGAAAAAACCUUGAGAUCGCCAACGAGCUGGGCCCUCCCCGGGGCGGGGGCUCUGCCUUCCGGAUUCGGUCCCUAGUCUUGCGGUGACUUGUGCAUUGUUUGGAGUUUUUUGUAUGUGUCUACUUGCAAAUCUGAUUAAAUUGAGUUCUUGAGCCACUGUCUUUGACUUCCCUGCCUGUUGAUCCAAUAAAGGCUUAGCGGGCCCCGCCACGUGCUAAGGCCAGGAGGUGAGUCACCUGCGGCCUCACUCCCAGCCUCCCUUUUUAAGAGUGAGUGAGGAAAACUAACCACUCCCAGCAGAUGCCCGUAUGUCUCACUGAGCCUGUGUUGGCUUCUAAACUGAUCCCUGGCAGUGAGAAGGAAAAUGACUACAGUUAGCCCAGACCACUCAAGACACACCUCCGUGGCUGGGCACAGUGGCUCACACCCUUAUUCCAGCACUUUGGGAGGAGAACGAAGGCAGGUAAUUUGAGAUAAAGAGUUCAAAACUAGCCUGGCCAACAUGGUGAAACCCCAUCUCUACUAAAAAUACAAAAAUUAGCCAGGUGUAGUGGUGGGCGCCUGUAGUUCCAGCUACUCAGGAGGCUGAGGCAUAAGAAUGGCUUGAAUCUGGAAGUCGGAGGUUGCAGUGAACCGAGAUUAUGGCAUUGCACUCCAUUUCCAGCCU